CCCACGUCCAAGGAAAUCUUUCGUUGUAAUUGAUCGUUUCCUUUGCGAGCGGCGUGCCUUCUUCGGGUUUGGCUUCCGGUUAAACGUGAUGUUCACCGAUCUCAAUCCUAUCUUGACUGCCAUUUCGGCCUCGAUCUCCUGACCCUCGCCAGCCCGAUAGGGUGUUUUGCUCUUCGUGCAACCGUAUUCCCAUUCCUGCCCAAAGUUCUCUACUGCAAAUUUUAAUGUUCGAUGUACCAGACGAAGAAGGGCAAGACACUGACGAAAGGAGCGAAGCAGAUCAAGGAGGAGAAUGCGUCCACCCUGAGUUUCUACACGAAUAUGGCCUUAGGCGCGACAGGGAUCUACUUUGUCGCGAUGAUGGUGCUGUUCGAGUUCACGAUGUUGACGAUAACUCUAACGGCAUUUUCUGCAAUUGUAUAUACAGGAAGCGUUCAGUUCAUGUCGUACAUGGCUCGCGCCACGUACUCGGAAUCCGGCCAGCUCCUGGAUUCUGGCGUCGAUCUCAAUAUGGAAGGUGGCAUAGCGGAACAUGUCAAAGAUUUAAUCAUACUGACGUCAGGAGUACAAAUCUUGUCUCUGAUUUCAAAUUACUUCUGGCUGCUGUGGCUCUUGGUGCCACUGAGAGGAGGCUGGAUGCUGUGGAAGCAGAUCUUGGCUCCAUGGUUCUUCGCCCAGCCUGAGGAGCAACCCGAAAUCAGCGAAAAGAAGCAGCGAAAGUUGGAGAAGAAGAUGGCAAGGCGACACUAACGCAGUUCUCGGACGUUUCUCCAGUGCAAUAUACAAAAAUUCCGUUAUACAAUACAAUACAAUUUAUCUAAUCCAAGGAUGGGGAACAAGCUCGAGAAGCAUACCGGGAAGGGAAAGAACAUUAAAACAGGUCCUCCCUCACUAUUAAAAAUCGAGAAU